AAAAAAAAAAAAAAAAAAAAAUGACACCAGAAUCCACUGCAUCUAUUUCCAUCUCUCCCACCCAGGUCCCUGUUGGCCUGCUCACUUGCCAACAUACCCCAUAUCUCCGGUCUUUUACUACUUCCGUACUCUCUUGUUCUGAGAAGCCCAACAAGCAAAAGCUCUAUGAAGUGCAGCUACAAGAUACUAUCCUCUUUCCAGAAGGCGGUGGCCAACCUUGCGAUUACGGCACAAUCAAUGAAGAUAUUGAAGUCAAGAGCGUGCAACGUGUUGGAACCAGUCAUGUCCAUCAUACUACUGCGCCUAUCGAGAAAGGUACUGAAGCUAGACUCGAAGUCGAUUGGAAGAGACGAUUUGACCAUAUGCAGCAACAUUCCGGUCAACAUCUGGUCAGUGCUCUGUUCGAGCAGCCUGAAUACGGCUGUAAUACUGUGGCAUGGGGUAUGAAUGCCACAAGGUGCCACGUUGAGCUUGACAAAACGCCAACUUUGGAACAAAUCCAGGAGGUUGAAGAACGACUGAACCUUUACAUUCGGCGUGACUAUCCCAUUCACAUCACUUUUACAGAUGAAAGGCCACCCACCUUACCAAAGGACUAUGUGGGACCAAACGGUGUGUUCCGGGUGGCGGAAAUUAUGGAAGAUUUGGACGUCAUUGCUGCGGAGCAAAACCCUCAUAUAGUCAAAGAACAGGAACAGGAGGGAGCAUUCUCUAAAACUAAGAAACGUAACCUUGUCCGUCUAGACUACAACCCUUGUUGCGGAACACAUGUCAAAUCACUCAAGGACCUGCAAUGUAUCAAAAUUCUUCACCAGGAAAAGAUCCGUGGUGCCAAUUGUCGCCUAUUCUUUGUCGUAGGUCAACGUGCUCUCGCUCUCUUACAGGAGACCUACCAGCUCACUCGAGACUUGGCAGGCGUUCUCUCUGCGCCAGGCGGACCCGAGACUUACGUUGAUACUGUAGUCAGGACACAGAAACAAAGUCGUGAUGGAUUUAAAUUGGUUAAGAGCCUGUUCAAGGAGAUUGCUGGUUACUUAAUUCGAGACUGGAUCCAGGAACUCAAUGAAAAGAGUCCUGUCGCUGCUGAUGUUGACGGCUCAUCAUUCGCACCUGCACAUUUGAUCAAAUACCAUCGUGAGGAUGCUGAUAUGGAUUUUCUAAUCCUUUUGGCCUCCCUUCUCAAAGACAAUGACCUGAUCAAGGGCCAGCGCAUUUUUAUUUUCUCAGCAGGUGAAAAGAAGGAAGGAGGACCUAUGCUCAUUACUGGCCAGAACGAAGAGCUGGUGAAAAGAAUCGCCGCAGAAGUCAGUAAAUUUGUUGAGGUCAAAGGUGGUGGAAAGGGAAGAUGGCAGGGUAAGAGCAAGUCCUGGAAGGGUUUGGAGGCUGCUCAUGCUGCCGCAGUAAAUAUGAUUCGCAACGAAACUGCUUAAUAAAUUUUUCG